CAAAUAUAUGAAAAUAAAGAAAAUUCAAAAAAGCAAAUUAUACUUGCUGCUACGGCAAUUGCAUCCAAAUCAAAAAAAGAAGUUAUAAAGGAUUUAAUUGAAGCCUUUUCUUUAGCAAAUAUUCCUCUUGAAAAAGUAAACA